AUGGAUACAUCGAACGCAAGCUUUUCAGAUCCUAAUACUACAUUAGCAAAAAUAUACAUUAUUCUAAUAUUGACAGUAAUAUUUUUAUUUUGGCGUAGAAGACGCUUCUAUAAGCUUUCUCGUCUCUUUCCUGGACCAUUGGAAUUCCCAAUUAUUGGUAUAUUUUUUCAUGUGUAUAAACCGAGUUUGCUUCUGCUUAAACUGAAAAUGGUAUUGGAAAUUUAUAAAACGGAGACGAUUUUUACAUACUUCGGACCGCAACCGACGCUUUAUACUGUCGAUCCCAAUUUAUUUCAAAAAGUGUUCACUUCAUCUAAAUUGUAUAAUAAGCCAAACAUCUUAUACGAACCUCUUGGAUAUCUUUUUGGUGAUGGGUUAAUAACAUCUAAAAGUGAUAAAUGGCGUCUACAUCGCAAACUUAUUGAUCCGGCGUUUCGAAAGCCUAUUUUACGCAACUUUUUAGCAGAAUUUAACAAAAACUCUAAAGAAUUCGUUAAACAAUUGGAGCAGUUAGACGGCAAAAGUGCAGAUAAUCUAAAUGAAAUGCUGCGUAAACUAAUGUUAACAAAUGGCAUGGAAACUAUGUUGGGUCUUAAUUAUCAUGAAGAAAAUGACUUAAAAGUGGACGAUAAUAUCUUAAAACAUUAUACGCGAGUUAUGAAGUCUACCAUCGUGAUGGUUUUUUUAAACGCACUGAAGCUAAGUAGCUUUGUGAAAAUAUUUAAUGUAUACAAAUCUCGAAAAUUUGUAUUUGACUUCGUUGAUAAGUUACUAAAAAAGCGUAUGCUUGUCUUACAAAAUACGAAUAACAAUGAAAAUAAGGCACCCGUCGAUGAUAUUUAUUUAAGUUAUGAACGUAAUAUAUUCAUUGAUCAAAUAUUUAAAAGUUAUGUGCGGAAAAGAAUUAAUUGGCAAGACAUGCUAGAUGAAUCAAAUUCUAUUAUGUUUGGUGCAUUUGAUACUACAGCAACUCUGCAAUAUUUUUCAUUACUCUUUUUGGCUAUGCAUCCUGAAGUGGAAGAAAAUGUUUUUUAUGAAAUCAAAACUGUUUUUCCUGAAAAAAAUUUUAAUGUGUCUUUUGAAAAGUUGGAUAAUUGCGUUUAUCUUGAUAUGGUGAUCAAAGAAACUUUACGAUUGGCUCCAUCUGUGCCAGUGGUAGCACGGGGUGUAGUAGAAGAUACGCAGUUAACUGAUGACAUUAUGUUACCAAAAGAUUUAAUAAUAUUAAUAAAUAUAUUUCAAGCACAUCGAAAUGAAAAUGUUUGGGGUGCGAAUGCAAACACAUUUAAUCCAGAUAACUUUUUGCCUGAAAAUAUAAAACAGAGGCACGUUUAUUCAUAUUUGCCAUUUGCCAAAGGUUUACGAAACUGUUUAGGUAGAAACUUUGCUAUUUUAGCCACAAAAGUAAUGCUUUUGCAUACAAUAAGAAAUUUCCGUUUGACUACUGAUUUUAAGUACGAGGAUUUAGAAUAUGAAACCACUAUAAGUUUGCGACUAAUCAAGUAUCCAUUAUUAAAAAUUCAUAAGCGAGGUUAAUGUAACAAAAGAAGUAUUAUUCUAUAUAUAAAAAAUUUG